AUGAAACAGCCAUCUUGAAUAUUAUUGGUCGCCGUAUCCACCCCUUUUUGCGUAUUUAGAGCAUUUCAACACACUCAUUUGGGUCAGAGAAGACCCUAAGUGAAUCCUGAGUGUUCUAACAGUAUAGUUAGUAAAAAUGUCAGGACAGAGUAUUUUAGAUCGUAUGACUGCGGCUAAACACAGCCUAUCAGGCCAAGGGUUGGCCAAGGUUGUAUGUAAAGCGACUACAGAAGAAGUUAUGGGGCCAAAGAAAAAACAUCUGGAUUAUUUAAUUCAGUGCACCAAUGAGCCAAAUGUAUCCAUUCCACAGUUAGCGGAUUUACUGAUAGAAAGAACACAACAUACAAACUGGACAAUAGUGUUUAAGUCCUUAAUAACAAUACAGAAUUUAAUGAAUUAUGGCAAUGAGAGAUUCACACAGUAUUUGGCCUCCAAUAACUGUACUUUUAACCUCAGUAACUUUAUAGAUAAAGCUGGAGUUCAAGGCUAUGACAUGUCAACUUAUAUAAGAAGAUAUUCCAAGUACCUAAAUGAAAAGGCUGUGUCAUAUAGAUCCAUGGCAUUUGAUUUCUGUAAAAUCAGACGAGGGAAAGAUGAUGGGGUAUUGAGGAAGAUGAAUGCUGAAAAGUUACUGAAAUCUCUCCCUUGUUUGCAACACCAGUUAGAUGCAUUAAUAGAAUUUGAUUGUACUCCAAAUGAAUUGACAAAUGGUGUAAUGAAUGCUUGUUUCCUGUUGCUAUUCAAAGAUCUGAUCAGACUAUUUGCAUGUUACAAUGAUGGUGUAAUCAACCUUCUUGAGAAGUACUUUGAUAUGAACAAAAAACAAUGUAAAGAUGGAUUAGAAUGUUAUAAAAGAUUCCUAGUGCGAAUGGAUAAAGUUGGAGAAUUCCUGAAAGUUGCAGAGAAUGUUGGGAUAGAUAAAGGAGAUAUUCCAGACUUAGCAAAGGCACCAUCAAGUUUAUUAGAUGCACUUGAACAGCAUUUGGCAUCAUUAGAAGGGAAAAAGGGUGUUGUUUCUACAACAAAACCAGCAGGUUUUUCAACAGCUGUUGAUGCAAUAUCAGGGAACAGUUCUUUUCAGAUAUCAGAGGAAGAAAAGAAAAAAAUAUUAGAUGAGGAAAAUCAAAGAUUACAACAGUUAAAGGAGUAUAAGUUAAAGGAAACAGGAUCAACAGCAACUCCUAGUAAUGCUACACAGUCACCACCAUCAACAAAUCCAUUUGCUAACAAUACAAAUGCACCAGACACAAAUAAUUUGCUUGGCUCACCAAUAUCUUCACAAUCUGGAAAUGCAAGUGAUGAUUUACUGAGUUUAACAGGGAAUCCAUUUGUUCAGAAUGUUCAGCAAGUGAUGGCCAUGAAUAACGCUGUCAAUAAUUUGCAGACUACUUACUCUCCUGGUGGCUGGAGCACACCGCCUAGUCAAGGUUUGACAGCAGAGGUUGACUUUACGAAAGUUUUUCAGAACAACUUGUCAACAUCAUCAGCAUAUAUGGGUUUUGAUGCAUUUGGAGAAGUUCUGAAACCAGCUAAUACAUCUGGUCAGUUGCUGAAUACACAGACUGAUAAAUUAUUGCAGAAAGACUUAGAUUCUAGCUUGGCAAGUUUAGCUGGGAACCUGAAUAUAAAUCCUGCAGCAAGUGUCAAGAAAAUUCAACAUGAAUGGCAACCAAAAGGAGAGCAGAAAAAAACAGGAGGUGCAAACUUUCAGUUCCAGGGAAAUGCAUCAAGCACAUGGACAGCACAGCCUAUGAUGACUGGAAGUUCUGUUUCACAAAAUAUGAUGUACCAACAACCUAUUGGACAGCCUUUAAUGCAACCUGGUAUGAUAGCCAAUAGGCCAUUAGGAAUGAACAUGCAGCCAGUGAUGGGUGUUCAGCCUCAAGCAGGUGUCUAUGGAAUGAAUGGAACCUUGAUGACACAGCCACGACCACCUGCUCAUCAGUCAAUGAAUGAUCCAUUUGGAGCUUUAUGAGGCAGGUUUUCUGUGAGAAGAUAAAACUUCUUGCAGAAAAGACUUGUUAAUAUUCAAACUACUGUAUGGGAUCAAUUUAUCAUCAGUGCUGGCAUCAGUUCUACAUUGAAUAACAGAACACAAUAAGUAGUUGGUCAUGUACAGAUGGCUUGGCUGUUUCUACGCACCUCAAAAUAUAUUUUAUGUGUAUUUGUUUAAUGCUAUGAAUACUUUGAUGUUAUUGAUAGGCAUGUAUUUAUUCUCACAAAUACUUUUCAGAUCAUAGUAUGAUAGAGAUCAUAUCAGCAGUGUACCUUGUGUUACAUUUAUAGAGAGUCACAUAUCUAGGAAAAUCAUACAAUAUUCAUUGCUAUUUGUUCAAAAUCAUCAUUCAUUUUAUAUUCUAUACCCCUUGGAUAAAUCAAUGUUUUCAAACCUGAUAGCAAAUGAAUGCAUUUUCCUACAAGCGAAGUGUUAAUUUCAUGGUUUGUACAAUUUCUAAUACCCCAUUAUUUUCUCUGGAAAAAGUAUGUAACUAUUAUUAAUCAUAAUGUAUCAAAUCUUUUCAAUCAUACAUGUAUUAUAUUCACACCUCAGGUUCUAAGGACUAUUUUUCUUCAAAACUAUGAUAGAUAGAUGGAAACUUUAAAGAGCAAACAUUAUCAUGAUGAUGUGAUCUACAAAUAAAUCAUAUGACCAAAAUUGGCAAUCAAGUACUUGUAGAAGUUAUUGCUAAAUACUAUUUAUCACUAUUUCUUAUGUUUUGACUAUUAUAAUAAUUAAAAUAGUUUGAGGGAAAUUGUAAAUAACAAAAAUUAUCACCAAGAUAAAAUCUACAAAUAAAUCAACAUAACUGAAAUUUUCAGUCAGCUAAAGGAUUUACUGUCAUUGAAAUUAAAAUUUUGACAAUAAUCAGUCCACUAAAGGAUUUAUUGGCCUUGAAAUUCAAGUUUUGAUAAUUUAUUGCAUUUUUGGAUGUUGACCUGAUAGAAAUAAGUUAACAUGGCUGAAAUAGGAGUUAUUUUCCUUAAAUGAAGAAUUGCAUCUCUAUCUUGCAUUUCUGGAAAUUAUCUUGAAAACCAUAAUAGUUGGAGAGUAACAGUAAACAGUAAAUGAUUAGCAAAACUUGAUUCGAAAAUAAGUCAUCAUGACAGAAAUUGUCAAUUGUUUCCUUAAAGGAGGAAUUGUGGCCUUUUGCCAUUUAUUUUACAUGUUUGACUAUUUUUUUGAAACAUAUAAUCCAUAGAGAAAACAUUACAAACCAAGAUAACAUCAAUGAAUAAGUCAAAUCACCAAAGUUGUCAAGUGAGUCUUUAUUUUAAUUAUUGCCCUAUAAGCAAAGUAUAUGUAAUUUAUGGUAUUUAGAUUUGAAUCAAAUUUUAUGUGCAUUUUGAACACUUUGAAAUUCAUCUGAAUAUCCCAUAAAGAUACAUGUAGCUGUUAUACUUCCAGAGAAACAAUCAAUUAAAAAGUAAUGAAAUAGAUCUAUUAAUGUAUAAAAUGUAUGUAAAGAGUGACAAAAAAAUGCACUUUUUAUAUUUGAAAUUAUUCGAAAUUCUGUCUACAGAAUUUCAUUUAGAAAUGAUAUGCUAUUGCUGUGAAAAUGUCUAAUUUAAUGAUAUAGAAUUGCUUUUUCAGUAGAAAUCGUUUUGUGUCGAUAUGUAGAGGGACAAAAUCUGCAAAAGAACAAUUCAAACAUUACAUUAACAUCACGCUGUAAAUCAUAUAUUUUAUGGGUUUUUUUCUUACAUUAUUCAAACUUCAAAUGAUUUAUAUUUCAAAACAGAUAUGUUCACAGCAAUAAAUAAAAAUACACUUUAUAACAUUAAUAUAUUUAGGAAUCAAUGAUGUGGAACUGCUAUGGUUUUCUUUCUGUCUGUCAACAAUAAUUGUAAAUGGAAAACCUCCAAAUAUAUGAAUAGGAGGCCAGUGAAAUUUGGCACAGUUGUUGUACAUACUAUUUUUUGGUGAAAAUUGGCCAAUAAACAUUUUCUGAAAAUACCACUAAUUUUGAGAAUUAAUUUUUGUAAACACCAAAACCCCUUAAGUAUGGGUAGGAGGCCAUUGAAAUUGCUAUUGUAGGGAUGAUGUGCUGUCAAUUUAGCUCUUGUAACCCAUAUAACUAUCCACAUGGCAUCAUUACCACGGUGCAGAAUGGUAAGGGAAUUUUCAGGUUUAUUUCUGCGUUUCUUGACUAAAGGUGUUCAGCAACAUACAUUUCGUCAUUCAAAAAUUGGCCCAGUGUCAGAAAAUGGACAUAGGAGAAAAAAAAGAAGUUGUAAAUCUCAUUUUUUAAGUUUCUUUACUUGAAUAUUCGUCUAUAAAGAGGCAUAAUAUACUUAAAAUCUUCAAAUAUUUACUAAGAUAAUAGGUUUCAACCAACAGGGUCUGUAUUUUCAUUCAUGGUGUUUUAUUUGUGAAGAUGAUUUGAAAAGAAUGGAUCUGCUCAAAGAAAUAUGUAUACUUAUUUACAAAAAAAAAACACUCUAAAAUUCUGUGAACUAAAACAUUUCUGGACAAGUAUAGAAUAAUAAGCUUUGUUAAAAAAAUUGUGAUACACCUACCCUCACUUUUUUUUAUUAAAUAAUCCUAAAAGUCCAUUGCUGAACAUGUUUAGUCCAGAAACGCAGAAAAAAAACCCGAACAGUCUGAUACUGUUCCACCCUGUGAUUACGAUCCUUACAUGACAGUUGCACAUUCAUUUUAAAAGGCAAAUGUAUCUACCAACUACAAAGCAUCAUUUAAUGUACUGAGUGCUUUUGUCAGCUUAAAACUAUUGUCAGGGGGAUUUUUUAAAAGUUAAAAAAUUACUUCAAAAAUUCUAUUUAAAUAUUUUGUGGAAAGGCAAACUAAAAAAUUUCAGAGAUUGAGACUAACUACCCUAGAUUACGCACACACAAAUACAAAGUUCUGCAUAAAAAAGAUCCACCAGUAAAGUCUGUCAUCAAGUCUUUUAGUAAAAUUUAAGGGUGUCCAGCAGCUUUAGGCCCAAGGGUUGCUGGUACCGGGCAUCCGUCCGUCUCUCUGUCCGUCCUGUCUUGUUAGUGCUCUCACAGGUACAAUUCUUGCCAGAUUUUUAUAAAACUUAUACUAUAGGUUAAUAUCAGCAAUAUCUCUGACAAGUUCUAUAAUAGUGGUCGAUGGACUUUUUUUAAAAGAGUUAUGACCCUUGGAAAUAUUAAAUUUAUGGAAAAUGGCCUCAUUAGUGCUCUCACGGGUACAAUUCUUGCCAGAUUUUUAUAAAACUUAUACUAUAGGUUAAUAUCAGCAAUAUCUUGGACAAGUUCUAUAAUGGUGCACGAUCGACUUUUUGUAAACGAGUUAUGCCCUUGGAAUUAUUAAAUUUAUGGAAAAUGGCCUCAUUAGCGCUCUCACGUGUUCAAUUUUUAUACGACCACAAAAAAAAUUUUGCAUCAUAUAAUGCUAUGAUGUCGUCGUCUGAAGACACAUUUGGUUUCUGGACAAUAACUUCAGUUUAAGUGAAUUGAUCUCUAUGAAUUUUUACCAGAAGGUUCAAUACCACAAACGGAAGGUUGGGAUUGAUUUGGGGGGUGAUGGUACCAACAGUUUAGGAAUAAGGGGCCGAUAGGGGGCCAAAAACAAGCAUUUUUGUAGUUUCCUGACAAUAAUUUGUGUGUAAGUGUAUGGAUCUCGAUGAAAUUGUACCACAAGAUUCCAUAUCACAAAGGGAAGGCUGGGAUUGAGUUUGGGGUUAAUUGCCCCAAACGUUCAGGAAUUAGGGGUAAAAAAGGGGCCAAAAACAAGCAUUUUUCUAGUUUCCAGACAAUAACUUGUGUUUAAGUGUAUGGAUCUCUCUAAAACUGUACUUCAAGGUUCCAUACCAUAAAGGGAAGGCUUGGAUUGAGUUUAGGGGUAAUUACUCCAAAAGGGAGGGUGGGGGGUUCAAAAAGUAGUUUUUUUCCAAAUUUUUUGGGGAGGUUCAAUUUUUUUCUUCAAAAUUUUUGAAAUCUUCUAUUGCACAGUAUUGUGCAAAAGCAAGAAAUCUUCAAUUGCUCAGUAUUGCGCAAUAGCAAAAAAUCUUCAAUUGCACAGUAUUUUGCAAUAGCACAGUAUUGUGCAAUAUCACAGUAUUGCACAAUAGCAAGAAAUCUUCAAUUGCACAGUAUUGCACAAUAGCACAGUAUUGCGCAAUAGCAAGAAAUCUUCAAUUGCACAGUAUUGCACAAUAGCACAGUAUUGCGCAAUAGCAAGAAAUCUUCAAUUGCACAGUAUUGCACAAUAGCAAAAAAUCUUCAAUUGCACAUUAUUGCACAGUUGCAAAAAAUCUUCAAUUGCACAGUAUUGCACAAUAGCAAGAAAUCUUCAAUUGCACAGUUUUGGGCAAUAGCAAGAAAUCUUCAAUUGAAAACAAAUACAAAUGUUUUAACCAAUUUCAAUGGGAUUAAUUAAGUCUUUAAUUUUUGGGGGUUCUAACCUUGUAUAAUAUUUUUGGAUAUUGGGCCCCAUUUUUAAAUUGGUCUACAUUGAGGUCAAAAGGGUCCAAAAUUAAACUUUGUUUGAUUUCAGCAAAAACUGAAUUAUUGCGGCUUUAUGACUUGCUGAAUCUUAUUGUGCAUUUAGAUUUUUAUUUUGGGCCCUGUUUUCAAAUUAGUUCAUAUUAAGGUUUGAAGGGUCCAAAUUAAACUUUGUUUGAUUUCAACUAAAAUUAAAUUAUUGGUGUUUUUUAUAUGCUGAAUCUAACCAUGUUGUUAGAUUUUGGAUAUCAGACCAUUCUAGGUAAAUUAAAUGUCCCAUUUCAAAUUAUUAAGAUCUUUGACCACAUUUAUUUUGUGUCAGAAACCUAUAUUAUAUCAAAAAUUUGAUCACAAUCCAAAUUCAGACAGUAUCAAGCUUGAAUAUUGGGUCCAAACUUGCCGCAACUGUUCAGGGUUCGACCUCUGUGGUCGUAUCAGGCUGCGCUCAGCGAAGUAUUUUAUUUAUAAAACUUAUAGUAUACUUUAAGUAAUGCCCUUGACUGAAAUAUUUAGUAUACAAUAAAAAAAACUUUUUUGUCCCCCGCGCACACUUUUUAUUUAUAAAUUGAUUUAAAGAACAACAAAAAAGAGUGUUUUUAUAAUCCCGUUUACGGGACGUAUUAUGGUAUACCAUUGACCGUCUGUCCAUCCGUCUGUCAGUCCGUCAACAUGUCGAACAUUAAUUCAAAAACGCUUUAACCAAUAUGCAUGAAACUUUAGUGAAUUAUUUAUAUCUAUUGACGUGAGCUCCCUUUCGUUUUUUAUAAAUUUCAGAUUAACCAUUUUCGAGUUUUGGGGUUUUAUUCAUUAAAAACUGGGUGAUUUUCCAGUUUUCGGACAAUAACUCAAAAAAAAUUUCACCAAUUUGCAAGAAACUUCUAUGAAUUGUUCAUAUCUAUUGAGGUGAGCUCCCUUUCGUUUUUUUAUAAAUUUGUGAUUUACCGUUUCCGAGUUUUGGGGUUUUAUUCAUUAAAAAAAGGGGGAUUUUCCAGUUUUCAGACAAUAACUCAAAAACAAUUUCACCAAUUUGCAAGAAACUUUGGUUAAUUGUUUAUUUCUAUCGACAUGAGCUCCCAUUUGAUUUUUAUAAAUUUCAGACUAUACGUUUCCGAUUUAUGGGGUUUUAUUCAUUACAAAAAGGGGGAUUUUCCAGUUUUCGUACAAUAACUCAAAAAUGCUUUCUGCAUUUUUUAUGAAACUUUGGUAAAUUGUUAAUAUCUAUUAUUGUAAGCUCCCUUUUGAUUUUUAUAAAUUUUCUAUUUUAUUUUUCCGAGUUAUAAGAUUUUAUUCGUUUAUAGUCUGACAACAGAUUUACUAAGUAUUACGCAACAGCACAGUGUAUUGCACAACAGCAAACAAUCUUUCAUAUAACCAAUUUCAAGUUAUUUGACUACAUUUAUUCAGAAACCUAUAAUAUAUCAAAUAUUUAAUUACAAUCCAAAUUCAGACCUGUAUCAAGCUUGAAUAUUUUGUCCAUUUUUGCCCCAACUGUUCAGGGUUGGACCUCUGCGGGCAUAUCCAGCUGCACUCAGGGAAGCAGUUUAUUUUUUUUAGUUAUUGCCCCUGGAUAGAUAAAAUAAGUGCAAUGAGGGGGACAUUGGAACUCUGUUCUUUUAUUACAUUUUACUUUAAUAUUGAUUCGUUUGUGGAAUAACAUUAAAGGUACCAAUUCUACUGCACCAUAUAAUAAAGUCUAAACUCUAAUGGCAAAAAGUGAAUGGACUAAAAAAAUGCAAUCAUUCAAUGUUUGCCUGACAUACCAAUACAUGUGAAUGUUAUUGAAUAUACAAGCGAAACAGCAACCUAUUGACAUUAAGAAAAAAACUGUGAAGGAAAUAUUUGUUGGACAAACAGAGAGACACAUGGAGGGACAAGGUGAAUGAAAUAUACCUCCAACUGUAGAGUAAUUUAAUAACAUAUUUGCAUUUGGUUUGUGCACACAAGGAUGUAGUUGUGUCAAUGGUAGUUACGCCACUGUAAUACCUAAUUUAGGAUAUGAUAGCUCAAAUGGAAUAAAAAUUUACAGUUUUAAAAUCUCAAUUUUUGUACUCUAUUGAAAAAGUUGUAAGAUGCCUUUGUUUAAAUCAAUCCUAGCAAUUUUUUAUAAGCAACUGUUCCAGAAAAUAAAUAAGUUACUAACCUAAUUAAUCCCUUUAAAAACUAACAUCUUCUGAGGAAUCAAUCUCAUAAACAAACAAAUAGGUGACUAUAGCAAUAAUAAGAACUCACAUUCUUAUAUAUGAUACAUCUGUAUUCAGAUUUUCAUGAAAUCACAACAAUAAAGCUCACAUUUCUGUCUAUUGUUCAAAAAUUGCAAAAACAAAUGCAGGCAAUAAUUUCUAAAUUUACAGUAUUCUGAAAAGUUGUCUUUUAUUUAAACAUUUGAACUUUUUAAUAUUUCCCUUAAAAUCUUAAAUAACUUUUUGCACAGUAAAGUUAUAUCGUAGUUUGUUGACUGGUGACGUGCUGGAAUAGAGUUGGGUACAAUAAAUAAAAACAGGAAAUUUCACAUUAAUUAUAGAUAACAAUGAAAUGGAUUUAAGAUACAAUGCUUUCUUUGACUAUCAAUUGGUAGUAGUAAAAGUGUUUUAAUCUAACUGGUAAUUGUUUUACUGGUGUAAUAAGUGAUGAAAUCAUUUCUUGACUUGCGAUUAAGGGUCAAAUACUAUACUUGCUUAAAAAAGGGGAAUACUUGCAUUUACUACAUAGUAAAUAAAAGCAAAUGUUCAACCUGUUGCAUAUUCUAUAUGCCAAAAACGGGCAUUCAAUAUUCUGAUGGCUAUACUUCAUCUAAAGUGACAAUUAUUUCCCAUUUCUUGCAUUUUUUUAUAUUUCCUUGAAAACUAAGAUAGAGAAAAACAGCACAACACUUUCAUCUUUAUAAGAUCUACAAAUAAGCAAACACAAUUGAAUGCAAUAAAGGUGAGAUGAAAUAUCAAAAUGGCAUAUACAUUUUUGCCAGAUGAGAGAUUUAGGCAUUUAGGAGCAGCUUGAUUUUUUCAACCACCAAGAUCAGUUCUUUGUUGUGAUAACAAGAUAUGCAAGUGAUAUUUUAAGGUAAAUCAUGAAUAUAUUUGUAAUUUGAAAUACAAUUCUAAUACACACUCCUCUUUCACUUUGUAACUAGAAAGUUUCUUUUUUUUUAAACAAGGUACACAUGCUUGGCAUCCAAAUUAAAUGUGCAACUGUAGUUGUAUUUUGAAUGACACUGACAUCAAAAUGGACAUUUCUGUGGGAGAUGCUCCUUAUGAAAAUCAAUCAAUUCUAUUAGAAUGUAGGUCUGAAUGUAUUUGUACAUCUAAAAAAGUGAAAAUUGGUAAGCACAUCUGAUGACAUAUUUUUUAAACCAUUGUGUAUUGUAUACACAUUUUCUUAUAUGUAUGUAGAACAUCAUAGCUUUGGCCUCACGUCUCUGUGUCAAUAAUAUAUAUAUAUAUAUAUGUAUAUAGGACUGUCCGGUAUUGAUAUCGUCAUGUGAUUUAUUUUGGGUGUAGCAUCAACCUUGACUAAAUAAAGGAAUUAAUAGGGUAAAUGAUCAGACCAGAUCUUUAUAGUUUUAACCAUUUUAUAGGGGAGACAAUCAUUCCAUAAAUAAGUCAACAUUGCGGAUUUUGUCAGUCGUCUCCUUAUAGGAGGUAUUGCCCUCAAAUGUCGAUUUUUAUACUGGUAUGAAGUUGGCGUCGUUGUCGUCAUCCGAAGACACAUUGGUUUUCGCACUCUAACUUUAGUUUAAUAACUUGUCUCUAAGUUUAUGGAUCUUUAUGAAAUUGUACUACAAGGUUCCAUAUCACAAAGGGAACGCUGGGUUUGAGUUUGGGGGUGAUGAAUCAUAAGGGGGAUCAAAAAAUUGGGGGGGGGGUCUUUAAAAUUUUCCAUUUUAAAUUGGUUAUUUCUGAUUUUAUAUAUAAAAGCAAAUAAUAAUGAUAUGGUUUGAAAAGGUAAAUAAAAAUUCUUAAGUUCUUAGACCACAUUCAUUCUGUGUCAGAAACCUGUGCUGUGUCAAAUGUGUGUCCUGUGCAUAACUUGUACAGUAGAACUUAGGUUGACUAAACCUGGUAUGCUGAUGCAUGAUGGAGUGGUUAUGUGAUAUAUCAAAGUGAAGUCACUCUGAACUUAAAUUUGGCCUUUGACCCCAAUGAUAGUAAAACAUUGUCUGAUUUGUUUACAUUACAUAACUUUGCACUUUGAUUGACAAAACUUUUUAUGCAGAAGCAUCAUGGGAUCAGGAUGUUUCAAAUACCAAAAUUUGACUUUGAUCUUGACACUUGGAUCCUUUUGCUGAAAUCCAAAUAAAUCCAAAUGGGAUUGUCUCUUAAGCUUAUAAAAUGAUUCCAGUACAAAUUUAUUUACUUUUUAACCGAAAGGACAAUGUUAGCUUUUGCAAUCACUUUGUGUUCAUCUGUAAAUAUUUUUUUUAAAUCUUCUCUGAAACUGCUGAAUGGAUUGAAACUUGAGUUUGUCUGCUUCAUCUAUAGGAUGUCAACAACAAAGGUUGUUAUUCUCGUCCAGUUUGAUCAACCAAUAUGGCCCCCUUGUCUAAAAAUAGAACAUAGGGGUCAAACUACAGUUUAAAUGAAUUUCUUAAUUUAUGCAUGAUAAAAUUAGUUCUGAUCAUCAAUGUAUGUCACAGUCAGUAAUUUCAAUUAUUGGAGGUAUUGCUUUUAAAUGGCUAUCAAUGGUAUCCAUUAUUUGCAAUUUUGUUUCAAGGAUCUUCCUCUUUGAAACUAAGGAAGCAAUAAAAACCCAAAAGUUGACUUGAAAGAUCCUUAGUUUUUUCUUAAUUUAAUUUUGGGAAUUACAUUCUUGUCUAACAAUGAAUAUGGCCAUCACUACUUAAAAAAGAACAUUUCAGACUAUUGAAAUUUUUUGUUUUAUAUCUUAAGAAAUACAGUAGCAUGGGAAAAUUUGGAAAAAUUUAGUAAACAUUCAGAACUCCAAAAAGCAUCUAGUUUUUUAUUUUUUUUUAAUAUCGAAAAUACCAUUUGGUUACCACUUUUGAAUAAAUUAGAUUGAGAGUUAGUCAUUUUGAAACAAUAUCAGAAACUUUGUAUGAGGUCAACUAGAAAAAUGCAAUACACAGACCAUUAUUGUUUUGAUUUUCAUCCAAUAUCUUCCUUUUCUUUUUAUACAAAUCGUUUACUUCAUUUUGCAUCUUUACCAUCUUCUAAUGUUGCAAUGGCUGAUUUGACUUUAUAAUCAGUUUUAGCCCAAACACAUAUCGUGUUCUAUUUACUGUUUUCGCCUAGUGUGAAUAUUUUAGAUAUAUAUUAGUUUGUACAUUUAGUAAAUUCAGAGCUCUACAAUCGUCAUUUGUUUUGAUGAUAACAGGUUUUUAUUAGAAAUACAACAAAACCAAUCAACUGUUGCAAUUCUAUAAUUGUAAAUAAUUGAUUUAAUAAUAACAAUUAACUACAGAAUUUAUUGUGUAGUCUUUUAGUAAAAUGUUGUUCAAUGCACAGUUGAGGAUAUUAGAUUAAUACAUUCCAUCAUUUCAUUACAUACAAAAACAAAACUGAACCUCAUUUUAGUGUUUUAAAUAUGCAUAUGAGUACAAAAAUUGUAAUGUAGGAAUCUUUAUAUUGGUAUGCCAAACGUUCAGAAUUGUACUGUCACGAAAGGUGUUAUUUCACUUUUUACUAAUUUAUUGCAAUAGUUUCUACUUGUGAAUAGAAUAAUUCAGUGUCUAGUUAUAGAAAUGGUCAAACACAAAUUGUGAGCUGUGAUAGUCAAUAAAAGAGAGAAUGUG